AUGACGGCUUUGACAGAGAAGACAAAGAAGCGGAGGAUUCAGAGGCCGACGAAGAAGAUCUCAACGAUGACGAAGACGGCAACGAUAUUGACGGCGAUAGUGAAGGAAGAGAGUGAAGGCGAAGACUUCAAUCCCGACGGUGUAGACGACGAAGAAGAGGAAGACUUGGAUGACGAGGAAGAAGAGGAUGAGUCGACAGCGAGGGGUCAGAAGCGGAAACUGCCGGACGACGGCGACCCGACUGAUGGCGACCCGACCGCCGAAUAGACAUUGAAUUUGCUUUUGUUUCAUAGCAUUAAAUCCGAAGAAAAGGUGUCAUUCUUUCCUCCAUUGCUUUUGACGACAUUUUUAUUACACUUUCAUAAAUAAUAAUUACAAUUACUUUUAGAAAAUCAAUUAUUAAAUACUUUUUAAAUAAGUUUUUCCAAACAAAAUAAUUCUGAAACUCAUCUCUCAUUCAUUAAUAAUUUGAUGUUUUGUUAACUAAUGAAUCAUCCGU